AGCCGCAGCGCCAUAAUCUCCGAGCUGCUAGCGCUACAGUCCCCAUCAACAGUUCAGGCUUACAGCUAGUUGCAGUACUACACGAGUACACCACCAAGCCAACGCCCAACAGAGAGGUUGUAGUGCCAUUGGGAGGAUGGCUUCGAUCGUGCUGCUGCUGUCGGAGCUGCUCGGCGGCGCGGGAAGCACCAGCAUGCUGGAGGCCAGCUGCUACAUGGGCGGCCACAGCCUGCGGGAGUUCCGGCCCGCGGCGGCCAACGGCGAGCGGGCGCCGGCGGAGCCGAAGCUGCGGGGAACAACCUCAACGGAGGUGAAGGAUGAGGAGCCGUCGUCGUCGUUGGACCUGGAGGAUCUCUCCGCCGUGUCCAGGAUAUCGGUGGACGUGAUGUGGCCCUGAGCCUGCCGCCAGCUCCCGCUGACUCGGGAGGUUGCUCUGUGUUUGCUUGCCGAGGACGAAGAAGAGAUGUGAUGUGGUUCCUCGUUGCCUCGAGUUCUAUGAAAUGAAGAUGUAAAUAUGCAAAGCCACCGCUGAAUGUUCUCCCUGUGUUCCUUUU